AGAACUUCAGGAGUUUACAGCUGAGGUCUGUAACUGGAACCGGACCAACACUUCCUGUAUUUGAUGCGGUUCUUACGCUCUCAGAUACUGACCCCAGGGAGAAAGUCCUUCCGCUUUUCCGUCCCACAGGUCCAUCCCGCCCUCUCGGUGCUGGUGGAGGAAAUCGUUUCAUUCGCCGUUUGCCUCCUCUGCAGCAUCCAAGCGCUGAAGUGCGGGAGUAUGCCUGUGCCAGUAUUUCCAAGCUGUUGCAACAGAAGCACGUAAUUCCAGCCUUUCUGCAGAGAGAUGUUGUCCGGUGCUUAGGACCAUUAUUGAUGGAUCACAGUUUAGCUGUUCGCGAGACAGCUGCAGGUGCUCUCCGAAAUCUGAGUGCUUGUGGAGGAUUUGAUGUCUGUGAUGACAUGGUGACAAAAGACAUCAUGACACCUCUUGUCGCACUUCUGAAAGAGUGUAGCACUGGACUAGAUGCUAACCAGCUCUCUCCAAGGAAAUGCAGAGAGAUGAACAAAAAUUAUAUUGAAGACAUAGCCAAUGAGGCUAUUAAUUUGCUAUGGAAUGUAUGUGAAUGCAACAGCACUGCGGUAUCCAUAUUCAAUAAAGAAGGAUGUCUGGAGGCUGUGUUACAUUACAUGAAGAAAUUUUCCACAAAUGUGGAUCUGGCUAUUUCAGUAGCAAACUGCUUGCAGGCAGUGACGGAAGAUAAUCCAGAUCUUCUUUCUUCAUUUAAUGCUUCUGCGCAACAAGUGUUGGAAACCGUGAUAUUGUGUCCAGAGAGCACAAUGAAGCACAUCCUUCUGAGAACACUGAUAGCAGGCACUAUUUGGAAUAUCAAGGAUACCAUUCCACCAGGCAGCCUGGGAGGCAUGAUUAAUGUAAUCCUGAAGAUUUUUUCAGAAUCAUUAGCAAUAGAUGCUGGCGAAACAAUUAUCCGUAUGAAUGAAGCUGAAAAAAACAGGUUAAAACUUGCUGCGGAGACAGACACAGAAGAAAACAUGAGUGAUGUUAUAGACAACUGCGUUUUGAGUGAAGAUGAUAACAUGGAAGAAAUACCAAAAGGAAAAGUCAGGAGAGAAAACGACAUUUCAGAUCUACUUCCAUCUGAUAAGUGGGAACUGAAAGAAGUGACAGCUUUACUGAUGGCUCAGCAGACUGCUCUGGAAAUCAUUGUUAAUAUGUGCUGCAGUGAAGAUCCUUCUGAUGACGAAUGGGAAGAACUCUCCAGCAGUGAUGAAAGCGACUUGUUUAUGGAGAACUCAUACAAUGAGGGGACCGGGCUGCUAAUGUCACCCCUGUGCCUCUCUGAUGAGGUUAACUCAGCAUUUCUGAACAACCUCAUUCCAAAGAAGAUUCUUGAAAAAACUGCUUUUCCGAACAGUGUUGCUCUAGACAUCUGUAUGCACAAUCCGUCUUGGAAACCAUUAAUUAAAAAACUGAAUGCAGUGCAGUGUAGAGCUUUAACAUGUCUUCAUAGCAUUUUGUUAGUGUCAGAUGUGGAUUGUCUUGGAGGAGCUUCAGCACUUCAAUCCCUUGCACAGCAUCUCUCGCGACUAGUCUUUUCCAAAAUGGAACUCCUUACAGACACAGAAUUCCUGGAAGCCAUAACCAGUGCUUUGAGGGCUCUCCUACAAACAAUGGCAUCAAAGAACAUCUCCCAGUGUAUGACUCCUGAGCAGCUAUUGGCUUUAUGUGAAGCUGGUAUUCACAGCAGCAAUGCCAGUGUUAGAGUGAAUGUAGUGAGCAUCCUUGGAAUUUCUGGCAGUGUCCUGGCAAAAGGACAAGAUACAGCUGAAACACUAAAGAUGAUUGGAAAAUUUCUUCUUGACGUUGCUAUGAAGGAAUCUUCUCUUGUGGUAGCAGGGGAAGCCUUGGAUGCACUUUUUGAUGUAUUUGCAGAUGGUAAAGAAGCAGAAAAGGCAGCGGUACAGAUCAAGUUGCUUCCAGCACUGAAAGAAUUUCAGCCAGUGUUCAAGAUGAGGAUGCGAAAAGAAGGCAAAGGACAAUAUAGUACAGAUCAACUGUGUGUUCUUGACAAUGUGAAGAUGAAUUUGAGAAGAUUCAUUGCGUAUCAGGAGACUCUAGGGAAAACCCCAACUUGAAACAUCGAGGAACUUGAAACUAAGGUUUCCCUUAUUGAAUAAUGUUUUCCAAAAAUACAACCGUUUUGAACUUCUAAAAUUUAUUGAGCAGAGCAGUUUUGCUUUCAUGUUAAUACUGCGGUUUUUUACAUUCAGUAUUUUUAUACUUCUGGGUUGAUGCAAUAUGGAAGUCACAUCAACAUCAAAAAGCAGAGCAUACUUUGAGAUAAAGUGUUAGCAGUGAUAAGAAUGUGCUCUUGCAGUCCUGACGUCUGUACAUAGCACCACUGUCAUUGUUUCAAAAUCUUUAUGUAUCCUGGCGGAAAACUAUAAUUGCAUGAAAAAGUAAUUUAGAGAAUAAUCUUGGUUAUGUGCCAGAUCCAGAAAAAAAAUUUAAAAGCUCAAGAUCUGUUUCAGGGAAUCGAGCAGUGGCAGAAUGUUCAUAUUUGCUGUUUGCUCUUACCUAUUUCUAGAAUUGCACAGGCACUUAUGGCAGACUUCCCAGGAGAAGUGUGACAAGUGUGUAGAUUACUGUCAGCACUUGGGUCUGUUACUUCAUGAGGUUUAGUGAAGAGAAAACUGUUUCAGAUUCAUUUAUGAUAAAUUCAGUAUGAUAGCUUUUUGUUGUGGAUGUCGGUGUAAGAGGAUACUACGUUUACACGCAGCUCCCUGUUUUUGCUUUACUUUGAUUGGUAUUUCUGAAAAUCAAGUCUCCUGAUUUACUUUCUUGUAAUUCUACAUCAGGAUGAAUUUGAAUUCAGGGAAGCAGUGUACCUAAUAAAAAGUAUUUUUUUAUAUUGAGAUAUUCUCUAAAGUAGCUUUGUAAUUGCUUAAAAUAUCUUUUUCAAAUAUGUGUGAUAGAGAUUUUUAAGCUGUAAAAUACAGAAACUAUUUUCAAAAUAUCACUGAUGAAGAUUGUAUAUGAACUUCCACACAUCAGCUUUGGUUCUGUUUCUGUGAAUGAGAUCCUCUCAUACACAAUUUUGAGGGAAAAAACCUGCAACCAAAUAUAAGAACAUUUUAUUAUGCUGAUUUUUGAAAUAGGAAAAUUUUUCCCCCCUGUCUUAACAUGCUGCCUUAGCACAGGCAUCUGUUUUUUUGGCAAAAUUUUGCCUAUGGUGUUAGGCACAGACCUACAAAGUUGCUCAGUUUGUUAGUUUUCAGUCUUUUACACUGGAAAGCAGGCUCAGGAACUGAUUGGAUAACUUGCAAAUUGACUGACUUUCUGCAGGCCUGGCAUAUGCUAUUUUGUCAAAUGCAAAAGAAAGUGAAAAAUGAGUUUAAGCAGCUAUACUGCCUGGAAGUCCUGUUAUUACUAUUACUUUACAGGAGUUGGAUGAAAUGUGUGAGGUGAUGCAAUGACUGCUAAUCAAAUGAGUGAGUGUGUGAGUGGGAUCAGGAAGACUCCAGGUCUAUUGAGCCUGGCCUGGAGAAGUCCUGAGGAGCAUGGAGUGAUUGAAAGGUUGUCCUGGGAUUUGGCAGGGGCAGGCAGCGAAGAGGGCUGGAGUAUAACAGCUGAGGAAAGAGUAGCUGGGUGGAUUAUGGCAUAAGACUGCACAGUGUGUGGAUUUUAAUCCUCCUGUUACUUAUACUUGCUGUACACUGAGGAUAGUAUAAUGUUAGCCUGAUAAAAGGUAUUAAUAUUUGUUUGGAGCACAUAAAAAGACUUUCACCCGGAAAGGUCUCCUCUCAGUUUUGGUGUGCUACACUGAAUUGCAGGAUGAUUGGGGUUGGAAAGGAUCUCUGGAGGUCUCUUAGUCCAGUCCCCUGCUCAAGAACUUACUUUGAAAUAAGAUAGGUUGUGCUGGGCCUUGAACAUCUCCGGGGAUGGA